GGCGACAACGGCCCCGCCGGUGGCGCAGCGCCCGGGGGAGGCGCGAUGCCCCCACCGCUGGCGCCGCCGAAGAGAUCAGGCUCUGCCGCGGGCGAGAUGCCGCCGCCGCCCGUGCCGCUGAAGCGAGCCAGGGGCGCGAGCGGUUCCGCCGCUGCCGCCGCCAGCGCCAGCAGUUGCAGUAGCGCCGCUCCGGCGGAGGAGGAGGGGCCGCGGUGGGCGGCGGGGGCGCAGCGGCGGGCCCCCGAGGCCGAGGACGACGAGGACGCCGCUGGGCCCUCCGGGGGCGGCAUCCUCGACGACGACGACCUCCUGGAGUCCCUCGCGGAGGGCGAGGUCAGCGAGCUGCCGCCGGCGCCGGCCGUCCAGGCGAGGCCGCAGGCGUGCGACCUGGACCUCGACAUAUUCGGGCUGAUGGAGGAGGCCGCAGAGCCCACCGAGUGACGGCCGCGGUGCGGGGCCCGCCCGCGCGCGUGGGCCUCCCGGGGGGCGGGGCGGGGCUGCGCGGGCGCCCCGGCGGGGUUCCGCUGGGCAAAGCAGGC